GCUAUUCGGGCUUCCAGUUCUUCUUGUGAGGACGACGGCAACGAUAUCAUCCUCUUCGACGACUAGGGUUUCCAUUUCAGAGCAUUGGAUUGGAUCGAUGGUGAUGGGGAGAAGGGCUUCAAUUUCUCUCCCAUUUGGAAUAGAGAUCGAAAGGGGAGAAAGCUAGGGUUCCUGUGGGAUGGUCAUUUUGGGGGAUUAACAAGAGGAACCAUGUUCUAUGGAUCUAUUGUGUGGGAUCCGUGGCUCAUCUUGUCCCAGAUCGUCUGUCUCCAGUGCUUGUAUUAUCUCACCCUUGGAUUCCUCAUGUUCAUUUUCGUUGGCUUCCGGGUUUCUCGCUUGAGCCUGGUGUAUUUGUUUGAUUUCUCAAUUCUCACUGCUUCCUCGGCUACCGGAUGGUGCGCAAUCGCCGCGUUUCUUCUCAGUUCUCUUGCCGGGUCAGUGUACAUGUUUUAUCUGAAUGAGCGAGCCAAAAAGUGCUUGGAUUUUUCUGCCACACUCUACAUCAUCCACCUCUUUAUUUGCAUUGUAUAUGGUGGAUGGCCUGCCUCCGUAACAUGGUGGGUUGUAAAUGGUACCGGACUGGCAUUGAUGUCAUUGCUGGGAGAGUGGUUGUGCAUUAGACGGGAAAUGCGUGAAAUACCCAUGUCACGACUACGUUCAAAUGUUUGACUGCAGAUGUUAUCAUGUUUGCCAAAUCUCCAUCUCAUACAAUCUGUGGGAGUGCAUUCAGUUCCGGAUCAGAAGAAAAUGUUCUUCAAAUUGUUUAGGGUUUUCAACCUCCAAAUUAGAAGAAAUAUAUCAAUGCUAUCAGCUCCUGUGGAUCUGUGCUUCUUUUGCCGGGAAUUCUUAAUGUAUAUUAAAAUAAGACCGUCCUGUUUUCAUAUUGAGAAUGAGUUCUAUUCACAUGUUAAAAGGUGGCAGUUGAUGCAAUCGCCUCCAGGAAAAUUUUGCACCUUUGUUGGGUGACUUCUGACUUGGUCCACUCUCAUCAAAUAAGAGAGUUGUGUUAAGGUUCAAUUAAACGAGUACGAUGCGCAAUAACAGUGUUUAAUUAUUUGACUUAUAUUUUUAUCCCUUAUUUAGACA